AUAAUUGGAUUAAUUCAAUGAAUAUUUGUAUCAUUCAAUCAAACAAUUAGUUAAUAUUUUAGACAAACAAUACAUAUAUUUGUUUACAAAUUGUGCGACACUUUUGUUGUGUUGAUAUCACAUAACAGUUGAUCACUGAUUGAGUUGUUAUUGUCACCCGAUUAUCAUCUGAGUUGAUAUCACACAUCCAUUGGUUACAAGAGUAUCGGCUUUUCUGUACGUUUACUCAACACAACACACGAACUGAAGAUAUAAUUGACAUCAAAACAAACUGAAGAAUUGUUGACUGAUUUAUACAAUACUUUGUCUGACUGUCCGUUUUUAUGGCCAAACGAUGGCAUUCCUGAGGAAUGCGUUGUUUCGCAAUCUGUUUCUUCAGAACAACAAAUGUAUGUCAUUUGUGCCCAAAUAUGUCGACAAACGAACACUGACUGAACAUUUCGGACGAUUUCUCGAAAGUGAUAACAAAUUGAGACCCGAAUUGCGGACAUAUGACUACAAGACAUUCAUCGAUGAUAUGUAUUACACAUUUAAUAUUUACGGAACUGAUGAAGACGAGUGGUUUCGUCUCCAACUAAUGGACACCAAAUACGUUAGCGAAGAGGACUACAAACUACACAAUUUUGUCAAACAUGACAUACGUUUUGACAGUACAGAUACUAAAGGAAAGCAUUCGUUUGAAUCGAUUCUUAUAAAUGGAUUGAAAUAUACUGAUCGACAAACGGGUAGUUUAAGUGAUUGCACUCAUAAAGGAUUACAAAAAGUUGUCAAAAGACUUAAUAGACUAUUGAUUAAAGACAAACGAUUUGUGAAGAAAGCGGAAGAAUCCAAGAAAUAUGAAAACUUAGUCCAAGAUCUUGUUAUGGAAUUGUUUGAUAAUAGACAGACGCCAUUCAUUUAUGAUCCGUUUGAUAUGUUUAUGAAGCCAUCGCUAUAUUAUGAAGAAAAAGGUCAAACAAAGUCAUCAUUUCCCGAUCGAGUGGUCAAACAAAAUGAUUUGUUUAAAAUGGUCAUCGAAUGUAAAACUGGAUGGACAUCGCUAUUGGCAGACAAACGUCAAACACAUAUGAAGACAAUGGUUGCGGCCGCUAAUAAUGCAAAACUAAUUAAAGCCGAUCACCGAAUGUUUUCAUUAUUACUGAGAAGUACUCGGUUUUACUUUUCUUUUUAUGAAUUUCCGAUCAAAUAUUUCCAAGACUUGACAACUAAGAGACCAACAGUUGCCAUAAAAUAUGUUGAUAUUGACAACAACGGCAUUGGAUAUGAUUUUGUUGAUCCCAUUGAUAGACAACAUAUUGUUGAUAUACUUGAGCGCAUCGCAGGCUAUAGUGACCAACAUUUUUGUUGUUAACAUUUAUUAUUAUAAAGUAGUUUAUAAUUACCGUAAGAUAUUUUUAUGGCUAAAAUUGUCGAUAUAUAUUAUAUUAUUUAAUCAAUA